AUGGCGAGACAUUUGACUGCGACCUUGUACGAUACGAAGAGUCGCCGUCGUCGUCGUCAUCUUCAGGGCAGGGCAGGGGCAGGGAUAGCUCUUAAGCGAACCGAGGCAUCGGAUCCCUGCAGAAGUGCCGAGUACAUACGGAAUGCUAACAACAAGUCCAGGGCAAACCGACCAAAAGUCGCCGAGAUAUUAGCCCAUACCGCAUAUCCAGACACGAUAUGGAAACUUACCCCUACGCAAAGCGGACAGCUGCCUGUAGCUUCUACGCGGGGAGGGCCUAUCAAGAUUGAUUGGGAGGUGCAUGGGCAUGGGGAUAUCAAACUUGUGGUGAGUGAGCAUCUCGUCUUGGAGCAGAGCAGAGCAGACGGGCUGUGGAUCAUGGGCCUUGGGUCUCACAAGUCUUCUUGGCAGCGGCAAACGUUGUGUUUUGGGCAUGAGGAGGGAGACAAGUACUCUUCUCUUAUUUUUGAUAAUCGAGGAAUGGGCAAAUCUGACAAACCCCUAAUGCGCUACUCGACCUCUGAGAUGGCCAAAGACGUCCUCGAGCUCGUCGACCAUUUAGGCUGGACCAAAGAGCGCCAGCUACACAUCACAGGUGUGUCGAUGGGCGGCAUGAUAGCCCAAGAACUAGGCCUCCUAAUCCCCAACCGCAUCUGUACCCUAAACCUAAUAUCCACCGCCGCCUUCAUCAAAAACACCACCACCUACCUCGAAAACCUGCGCACCCGCAUCAUGAUGUUCGUCCCCAAGAGCCUCGACCGCGCCGUAACCGACUCCGCGCAGCUCCUCUUCUCCCCUCGCUGGCUCGACGCCCCCGACACCUCGCCCCUCCCCACCUCCUCCACCCCCCUCGCCAUCCUCCCUCCCAGCGGCUCCUACCCGCGCUUCACAACAAACUACGAGCGCUUCGCCGCGCAAGAAUUAACGAAACGUCUAGACGCAGACGGGUUUCCGAGACGCGGGUUUAUGAUGCAGGCGAUUGCUGCCGGGUGGCAUUAUAAGAGUCCAGAGCAACUGGGGGAGCUGGGAGAUCGGGUGGGGAGGGAAAGGAUUGCGGUGGUGCAUGGGACGGAGGAUCGGAUGAUCAGUGUGCCGCAUGGUAGGAAGCUGAUUGAAUGGCUGGGGGUGGAGGGGGUGAGGGGGGUGGUGAAGGAGGGUGUAGGACAUAUAUUUAUGCUGGAGGAGUGGGAGUGGCAUAAUGUGUUUUUGGCGGGGAGGUUUGAGAGUGGAGAAGCGUUGAAUGAGGGGGUGGGGAAUGAAUGA